GAAUUGUAUUAAAAUUAUUUGAAAAUGAUUUCAAAUAAACUAAUUGUUGGUAUAGUUACUAUUAGCUUUUUUUGUAUAUCGAUAAUUAAUGCAUUAAAGUGUUAUACUUGUUACGACAAACAGGGUUGUGUGAAUCCAACUUUAGACUCAUGCAAUCCUGGUUUAGCAAACGAAACUAAUCUAUAUCUAAAUGCCCAAUUUCUUGACGUCGAUCUGAAUUUAACUCAUACUUCUUAUUAUUGCUUAUUUUACACAGUACAUAAUGAUUAUACAAACGACAUUUAUUAUAGUAAAGGAUGCGUCUACAAGUCCGUAGAUGUUUGUUCUUUAGAAUUACGAGAUUAUAGAAGUGCCGUACGCACCUGUUAUACUUGUAAUAACAACCGUUGUAAUAGUGCCGAGCAUAUCAAGGUGCCAACUACAUUUAUCGUGCUUCUUCUUGUUGGAAUACCAAAAUACUUAAUGCGACAUUGAUAUAUACAUAA